AUGGCAAAUUGCUGUAGUGUUUAUGGAUGUUCAACCACAAUCAAAAGUGGUGCAGUAAAUAACCACAAAUUAUACAGAUUUCCCAGAGACAAGACCCUCAAAGAAAAAUGGAGACAUCUGUUAAAUCUGAAAGAUGUUUAUCCUAAUAAUCGUGAAAAUCAUAUCUCUAAGGGUGAUCCUCAAAAUGAGGGAAAGUUACCUAAAAACCCGGAUACUCAAGAGAUUCUUGAGAUGCCUGCUUUUUGUGAAGUCAUACUAAAGAAAGAAAUUGAGGAGCCGGAUGAAACCGCAGCCGCAAAGAAAAACUGUGUAGAAAUCCUUGAAAUACUAGCCAAUCAAGAAAGUGAAGACAUUUACAGUGAACUUCAAUUGAGUGAGGGGAAAGGAACAGCAGCACCAGAAAAUUUUAGAUCUUUAAAAUAUCCAUCCCAAGAAAAACUGAUUCGCAGUGUAGUUGUUCAGUCACCUGCCGCGAAAAGAAGAAAGAUUAAUUUUAAAUACUUCAAUGAGGAUGAUGAAACAACCAAUCUUGUUUGUGGAGAGGUGUUGAAGCCAAGUACAAAAUUGCAAUGCUCACAAUGUAAUAAGGAAUUUUCAGAACGUCUAGUGCUUUUAAUGCAUAUGACUCUUCACUACAAAUCAGGUAAAUCUAUAUGUGGGAAAUGUGGCAAGAUGUUUAGCAAUCCACAAUCAUACAAAAACCAUAUAAGGAGUCCAUGCAAUUAUGAACUUGGAGUUAAUACCCCUACUGUUGACAAUGUGAAACAUUCUGCCUCUGAACACUUCAUUUGUACUCUAUGUGGACAAGUUUUUGGUCUGCUGUCAGAGGUGUACGACCAUUGCAGGAUAUUUCAUGUGAGAGGUGGCACCAAUGUGUGCAUAACUUGCAAAUUUGUAUCCAAAACUACAGCUCAUGCCGAGCAACAUUUUAAGGAGACCCAUUUAAAAAAUAGUCUUAUUUGCAUACAAUGUAAACGUCUGUUCCACUCCAUGGCUGAAAUGUGGAUCCAUAAAGAAGAUCUUCAGCAUGGAUUGCACCUAGAAUGUCCUGAGUGUUGUGAGCGGUUCUCGUCUAUGUCACAUUUAUUGGCCCAUAUAAAAAGCCACACUUGUAUUUCUUUUUUUAGUUGUGAAUUUUGCCAGCUAAUUUUUACCUCCAUUGAGUGUGUUGAAGCUCAUAUUUUGAAUCAUAUAUCAGCAGGAGAUAAUAAAGUUGUUAGAUGCAUUUUUUGUAAGGAUGGAAAUUCAAGCAAACAAUCCAGGCAUUUACAGUAUCACUCUCAUAGUUAUAUGUCCCGUAAAUCCCCUUCACUCCCCAGCACUUCCAAAGAAGUGAAAGAUAUUCCCUCUAAGCUUCCAGUUGAAAUUAAAACACCUCACACUUAUGUAUCGCCUUCAUGUCACAACAAUCGUAAUGACUUAGAAGUUAAUGCCCCUCAGCUGCAAGUUAAAAUUGAAGCACCUCAUAGUGAUAAAUUUACUGUCUCAUCAGCUGCUGCUUGUCCGUCAAAAACUCCUCAAGAAUGCAAUUUAGAUUCCGAUAUUGAACUGAAAUGUGAUGAUUGUGAUGAAGUAUUUACAAAUGAAAGACAAAUGUCUUCGCACCUUCAAAUUCAUCAAAGCCGGGGUGAUUUCUCUUGCAUAGAAUGUGGUGUGCAAUGUAACAGUUUCAAAGCACUUACAGCUCACUAUCAAGAGCAUGUUAAGUUAGAAGAAAGUGGAGAUGGGAACUGGACCUCUGAUGAAGAAAAUUAG